UCCCCGUGCUCGGCCUUCUCCUUCCCUCCUCCGCAACUCUUUCUUCUCCGAGUCUCUGCUUCCUUUCGGUUUUCUCAGAAGCUCGAUUUCUUCCUCAUCUAACUCUUGCUCCUUGCGUCAAGAUAGCGGCUCAAUUUCAAACCGCUCCCGAAUUUUCUUCUUUCACAACCAGAAAUCUCGUUGCUUCUCACGCUAAGAAACCCUAGGGAAUUUAUUUAGGGGAAGAAACAUGGCAUCCAGAGUUGCUACACCAUCAUACCCUAGUGCAGCUAGAAUUGCUGAUUCUCCAUGUUACCAGCAAUACACCGCCUCUCUCAAAUGUCUUGAAGAAUUUGGAUCAGACAAAAGCAAAUGUCAAGAGCAUUUUGAUAUUUACAAGGACUGCAAGAAAAAAGAGAGGGAAGCUCGAUUGGAACGUAACAAGACUCGAUCUUUCUUUUCGUGAAAUAUAGAGUUCUUUCCUGGGUGUCUCCUGCUUCUCACUGAACCACAUGGGUGGUAGGAUGCUGAUUCCUCUUCUCCUAUGGGAUUAUAAUUAUAGAGAUUCAACAAUUGUAAACUAGGCACUGUGGUUUCACAGUGAUGAAAUAAAAAAAAAUAUAUCUUACAGGGUCUGCAUGAUGAUCUUACAUUUUUUUAUAUUUGUGCUGUGUAAAUCUUCUUUUUCCCGGUAAUUGGAGUGAGAAAAAGUUAUCCAAGAACUAGUUGAGUCACUCAAGUCCUAGCAAAGCAAAAUCAUGUUUUGAAUAAUUAAAAUAUGUUAAUACAUUAGAUUUGGACAACAGUCAGUGUCCUCAAAUGGAGGUUGGUGCGCUGUUGAGGUUCCAAAACUAUUCUGGUGACGAGAGCCAGGUUAAUAAUUACAUUGUGAAGUCUUACUACUGUGGUUGGUUGACUAAAAUACAGUUCUAUUGACAAUUAUUACAUUGUGAAGAUAUAUUCCUGUAUGUAAUUGGCUAAAAUACAAUUCCAUAUAAAUUAUCGUUGUAGUAAA